CUUCCCCCCUGAAGAUCAAGCAUAGUAGUUUUGACGUCUUGGACCCUCUCCUUUGGAUUGCCUUGGAUUGGCCUCUCACAUCCUGGACGAGUCUGGAGUGGGAAAGAUCAACUUGGAGUGUUGAGCAAAAGAUUGAGAGAUCACCAUGGGCGUGGUGGAUUUGGACAAAUGUCCGAAAUGCGAGACCGCGGUUUACGAGGCCGAAAGCUUCCCAGCAGGAGAUUUGAGGUAUCAUCGGAAGUGCGUGAAAUGUAUAACCUGCAGCAAGCGACUGGAUUCAGUGUCGGUUCGUGUUCACGAUGGACUACUCUAUUGCAAGGCAUGUCAUAAGAAGACCACUCCGGAGGAGACGCCAAAGAUCUAUCCAGAUACCACGGCCAUUGCUCCCAAAGACGAGAAAGGCUGUCCAAGAUGCGGAGGAGCCGUUUAUGAGGCUGAAAAAGUGAGCAUGAAAGAGGUGUUUUACCACAAGAAGUGCUUCACUUGCCACCGAUGCACUCGGCAUUUAGAUGCCUUGGGAGCCUCAGUGGCGCCAGACAACGAAGUCUAUUGCAAGGUUUGUUUCAAAGUUGUUACUGCUCCUGAAAGACCUCAGUACAACACGGAUACCACCAUAUUGAUGGCUGAGGAGGAAAAGGAUGGAUGUCCAAGAUGUGGGGGAAAGGUGUUCGAGGCGGAAAAGAUGAUUGGUAAAACAGGACCCUAUCACAAGCGUUGCUUCUUUUGCAAAACUUGCAAGAGGACUCUGGAUUAUCAAAUGUAUUCUGAAGGACCCGAUGGGGACAUCUAUUGCAACAAUUGUUAUGCCCACGAGCAUGGUCAUAAAUCAAAGGCCAAUUUGAACACGGCUGAUGUGGCCGCCAUUCAAGGAGAAGAGGGAGCACCCGACAAUUGUCCAAGAUGCCACGGAAAGGUCUUUGAAGCCGAAAAGCAAGUCUCCAAGAACAACAUCUACCACAAGAAGUGUUUUACUUGCAACAAAUGUAGACACCAAUUGGAACCGGGCAAUGUGACCAACGGGCCAGAUUUCGAGAUUUACUGUGACUUUUGCUACAAAGUCACGUUUGGCCACAAAGCGCCCACCAAAUCCAUGCCUCUGGAUACCACCUCCAUUGAAGGCCAAGUUGGAGACCGACGGCGAUGCCCGAGAUGUUGUGGAAAGGUUUUUGAAGCGGAAAAGAUGGUUACGGAUUCGGGUUGGUAUCAUCGACAUUGCUUCCGAUGCAACAUCUGUACUGAGCCUCUGGAUUCACUGGGUGUGUGUGACGGCCCAGAUGGCAAGAUAUAUUGCCGUGUCUGCUACGGCCGCAUCCACGGCAAUUCCAACCCAAAGUUCUACAACAACUCACAGAUCGAAACCUACACAAUCCAAGCUGGUGCCGAAGAUAACCCGUGUCCAAGAUGCAAUGGAAAGGUCUUUGAAGCCGAGAAGAUGAUGUCCACUCACCACGUGUAUCACAAGAGAUGCUUCUCAUGUCGGGAAUGCCAACGCCGUCUUGACCCGUUUGCCGCCCAAGAAGCUCCCGAUGGUGAGAUCGUAUGUCGGGUGUGUUAUGAACGCCAGUACGGCGUGGUGGCCAAUCCUUUGAGUGGAGCGGACAUGCUUAAGCUCCUGGACACGGCCCUCAUCAAGGGCAAGGAUGACCAAGACAAGGAGGUUUGCCCCAGAUGCACGGGCAAAGUGUUCCACGCUGAACGGGUCGAGGUCAAAGGCCGCGUCUACCACAAUCGUUGUGCUUCUUGUGCCCGGUGCAACAAGCCCUUGAGCUCGAAGGACAUUUGUGAUGGCAAGGACAACGAUAUUUACUGCAAGUCCUGCUAUGCUAGGAAGUAUGGAGCACCAGGUUAUCGAGGAGCCGGAUGCGGAGAUUGGACUGACGCAGAUUCGGCAGACACGUUGAGACCGAUUCAAGACGUCGAUGUGUCCAAGAUCAAGGGUGUGGAAGGAGAUCCGGACACUUGUCCACGAUGUAGAGGCAAGAUCUUCGAAACUGAACGCAAAGCCUCAACGAAGCAUUAUUGGCAUAAGAAAUGUUUCAAUUGCUUCAAAUGCCACCGUGGUCUGGAUGAGACUCAUCAUUACAUUUAUGACGCCCCAGACAAUGAGAUCUAUUGCAAGGACUGCUUCAAGAAGUCGUUCCAGUCUGAGAUGCCCCUCAUCUACACGGACACCACAACUAUCAAACCUGCUGAAGAAGAAGGAGGAUGUCCUAGAUGUGGUGGUGCUGUUUUUCAAGCUGAGGAAGUGAAUAUCAAGAACAACAUUUAUCACAAGCGAUGCCUGUCGUGCAAGAACUGCAAACGGAACUUGGACAUCUCCAUCUUGGCCAUUGGACCGGAUGAUGACAUCUACUGUUCCAUUUGUUGUCACAAGAUCUCGUGGCCGAAUCGAUACCAAGGAGCUUGCGACACCUCUCUGAUUCCUGGAGAAGAUGGCGAACCCACCAACUGUCCCAGAUGUCACGGAAAAGUGUUCGAAGCUGAGCGGAUGAGCACCAAGAAAGCAUUGUACCAUAAGAAAUGUUUCACUUGCAUCAAAUGCAAAUCGGCGUUGGGUUAUUUCAGCGCCAUUGAAGGACCGGAUGACGAGGCUUACUGCAAGGUUUGCUACUUGAAAAAUCAUGGCCCAGGCGGGAAGAACAAGUACGGCGACAAGACCCACGUGGAUAUCGACGAAUCGGAUCCCGAGGCUUGCAUUCGCUGCAAAGGCAAGGUUUUUGAUGCUGAGAAGUAUUUCACCAAGUCCGGAGUGGUUCAUAAAUUUUGCCUCAGCUGCAAUGAGUGUAAAAGCAACUUGGAUGCAUCCAGUUUCUUCAAUGGAGGCGACGGCGAGAUUUAUUGCAAGCAUUGUUAUGCCGUCAAAUUUGGUCACAAACAAAAAUCUGACUACACGGGCUGGAUGGACGUGAAGGCCAUUCAAGGUGAAGCCGGAGACAAGCAAUCCUGUCCAAGGUGCACGGGAAAGGUCUUUGAGGCUGAGCGAAUGGUUACUCGUGUUGGCAGCUUCCAUCGCAAUUGUUUCAGUUGCAUCGAUUGUAAUCGAAAGUUGGAUUCAACCACAUGCUGUGAAGGACCAGAUGGCGAGAUUUACUGCAAGUCAUGUUAUUCCUUCGGCUUUGGUACCAAAUCCAGGUCCAGACCCAAGAACGACUUCAGAGGCAGCAGAGCUAUGAAGACAAAUGUUCCCAAGAUGUUCCAAAAUAAUGACGACAUGCUAGCCCGUUCCUCCAUCGAGACCUGGGUGAUCAAGGCCGAAAAGGACGACCCGAACUGUUGUCCCAAGUGUGAUGGCAAGGUCUAUGAUGCCGAGAAGAUGGUGACAGCAGCUGGCACCCGUUACCACAAGAACUGUUUCCGUUGUAUCGAGUGUUUGCGUCUUCUCGACUCCCUCACAGCUAAUGAUGGUCCUGAUGGGAACUUGUAUUGCAAGAUGUGCUACAACAAACAAUAUGGACCUCACACAAGGUCGUCAGACAUUGACCACAAGCUCAAUAACACCGCCUUGAUCAAGAGCCAGGACGACAAGAAGAACUGUCCCAGAUGUGGGGGAGCCGUCUUCAAAGCCGAGGAAAUCGCCUCUCACGGCAAGAGCUUCCAUAAGAAAUGCGCCUCUUGUGCGGCAUGUGCCAAAAAAUUGGAUCACGCCACGGUGACACGUGGCGCCGACAACGACAUCUAUUGCCGAAGUUGUUAUGGACGGAAGUUCGCCGGCAGUGGAUAUCGUGGGGCGGGUUGUUCCAAUUGGGUGGAUAAAGAUGCUUCCGAUACCCUCCGGCACUCCUAUCAAUUCUUCUCGUUCUAAGUCUGUUUCAUUCUUAAGGUCAUCACUUAUCAUGUCAUCAUUGGUCCUUGUUGCAGGUUCUUAUCACCGAAAAUCCACAAAAUGGCCAUCAUGAGGCGUGUUAUCCCCCUGAGCCUUGGUGGUUGAGCCUUGAGCAUAUCUUCAGAAUGUUUCUUUGUCUCAAACUUCAUGUCUAAUCUGCAAUUGGUAAUCUGUGAAAUACAUUUGUGCAUUCGCUA